UUCUCUUUUCUUCCUUCCCCUGUUUUCACCAUUUCCUUCCUCUCUCGUACUUUCAGGCUUUCAGCUACCCUACUCUUCUGUUCAUCAGAUUCCUAGAAAACCGAUUCCUUACCUUUUAUGUUUUUAUUUCCUGUUGUAGUCAAAGACAGAACUGAACUGAACUGAAACUGAAGUCAGUUUAAGUUAGCUGGGAUUGGAAUCGGAUUUCUAGUUCCUGUUCUGGGGAUUUUUCACUGACCCCAAAAAAAAAAAGAACCCAUUUCAAUGGCUGCUGCUUCUAAGGAGCAAAUGGAAGGCACGAAUCUGAACUCCUUUGGUAAAGCUUGUGAUUUCGGUACCAAUGGCUGCGAACAAUCUGAAACGGAUAUCCGGAUGCAGGAGCUGUAUUCAUUUGGGAGUGAUAAUGUGCCCAAGGUGAGGAAGCCUUACACUAUUACAAAACAAAGGGAAAAAUGGACAGAUGAAGAGCACCAGAGAUUCCUGGAAGCUCUAAAGCUGUAUGGUCGUGGCUGGCGUAGAAUACAAGAGCAUGUAGGCACCAAAACUGCUGUUCAAAUCCGAAGCCAUGCUCAAAAAUAUUUCUCUAAGGUGGUCCGGGAGCCUGGUGGUAGCAACGAGAGCUCCCUCAAACCAAUUGAGAUACCUCCUCCUCGUCCAAAGAGGAAACCUGCACAUCCUUACCCUCGUAAACCAGUCAAUGUCCUUGAAGGUACAGGAGCCUCCAGUCAACUUGAAAGAUCUCCAUCCCCUAAUUCGUCAGUGUCAGAGAAAGAAAACCAAUCUCCCACCUCCGUUUUAUCUGCUUUGGCUUCAGAUACAUUUGGAUCUGCACUUUCAGAGCCGUGUAAUGCAUGCUCUUCACCUACCUCAUGUACCACUGAAAUGCACUCUAUUAGUUUAUCACCUAGUGCAAAAGAAACUGAACAUGGAACAUCAAAUUCAUCUGGAGAGGAAAAAGGAAAUUUGUCAUUGGUCCAAAUGUCUUUGUCACUCCUGGAGAAUUUUUUGUCCGAGGUUAAGAAAUUUGAGCUGGGUUCAAAGAACACAGUAUGUGCUGAACAUGAUGCCGCCAAAAAAGCAUCUUCCGCUAGUAUAAAGCUUUUUGGAAUGACAGUGAAGAUAGUAGAUUCACAGAAAGAAUCUCCUCCAGGUGCGGAAAUUGUUUUGCCAGUGAUAUCCAAUGAGAAUCAUGACAAUGUUGAUGCUGACAAAGAGAAGCCUGCUCACACACUGCAGUGGAAACAAUCAGACACAGAGUUAUCACUUGGAAUGGCAAAUAGUAACCAGAAUCUGUGGCCAUCUCCAGCUUCAGUUUUUCAAUGCACAGAACUGCAGGGAGACAAUGCAAGUUAUUUUGCAACUAACUCUUCCAUACCUUGGUGGGCCCUUUGCCAAGGUGUGCCAUUCUUGUACCUCACAUCAAAUGACCAUACCUCAGCACAGAAACCUAUACCUUGUGUGGAAGAAAGAUUUGAAGAAAAAGAAAUUCUUAAUGAAAGGUCUUGUACCAGUUCAAACGUGUUUUCAGUAGGUGAUUUGGAGAACGGGGAGAGGAAUUUGGAUGUUGAUUCUCAAUGUGGACAACCUUCUGUUGAGGGAACAUCCAGCCUCCAGAAGAGCACAAGGGGGUUUGUGCCAUAUAAAAGAUGUUUAGGAGAGAGAGAUGUGAAAUCAACAGUGAUUAUAUCAGAAGAGCGAGAGCGACAGAGAGCUCGAGUAUAUUCGUAGCAUUCAUUAACCGGUUAAAGAGCUGACUUAGAUUGGAUGAGGGUGCUAUAGCGUAAUUAAGAUGAUCACUGACAGAGAUUUUAGUAAACACACCUGGGAUACCAUUUGCUUCUCUUUCAGUUUAUCCACGGAGCUCCCUUCAAGUCACCAUAUGUGCUGGCAUAUAAGAGAUGCUUCUGGAUGCAAAUGAUGCUCAUUGAUUGCAGCACAUUUCUACAGUUUCAUGUCGCAAUUGUUUCAGAAGUGGAGCAAUCGGGGGUGCUUCUGGAAGCUCUUCGAGGAGUUAAUAAAUCACACAGGUUUCAUCAUUCUUAUCCAUAUUUCAGAACUUGAAUUGUCACACCAGACGAUAAAAGAAGAGUUGCAUUUAUGUCCAUUGCUAUUGAUAGUGCUAGUGGCUCGUCAUUCACUGUUGCAGUUGUUUCAGACUUUAAUUUAUUUCUGCACUUCAUUGUAAUCUUGUAUGUGCCGGUGUAACUGCCCUUGCUUGCAAUCUAUGUAAUCCAAAGUCGAUUCAUCA